GUUACCGAAAGGAAUUCGAAGUAAACAUUGGGCAAUAUUAUAUCCUUCUUUGUCAAUCUACAACACUUAUAAUUAUUGAAAUCACUGACUGCCACUAACCCAUCUUUUAGACGUUUUUAAAAGUUAUGGAUUCUUAGAGAACAGAUUUAAUGAUAUCAUUGGACCUAACCUACACCACAAUGACGGAAAAGGGAGAGAUGCUGAGGAAACAUUGUCUCUGUUUUAUUGCUACCACCCUAGCAUGUAUUCCAUUGACAGGUGGAGCUCCUGUGAGCGACUCCACCAACCUGCGUGAGAGUUGGUUCCUGACACACCCCAUUGCUGUAUGUGGCCUAUCUGUAUGUGCCCUUGUCCUCACUGCCAUACUUUUCCUCGUCCAGUGUGGAGGGUGCACAGACAUGGAAGUAGGGACUGACAGUCAUCCGGCUUCAGGAGGAGGGGGUAAAUCAGCUACUUCUGCUGUGACAUACUCCUCCCCGAUGGAAACAGACUAUGAUUCUCAUGCUGGAGGCGCUGGUUUACCAUACUCUCUCAACCCAAACAUAAAUACUACCCAAGGCUUCGCUGGCUAUCAAUCUGUAGGAAGUAGCAAUAUAGCAGGUUAUGGACAAGGAAAUGUGCAAACAGCGGGUGGCUAUCAAGCUCCGAUGGCACCUAGUGCACCCUCUAUUCAGACUCAAGGAUACCAAGUACAGAAUCCGCCAAAUGCUCCCACAUUAGGUCCAAAUGCUCACAGACCCGCUGUGGAGCCGCCACCACCAUCUUACAAUGAGAGUGUCGCAUCAGGAUGGGUCACCCGGCCUCAUCAGUGAUCAAGGAAUGGUAUAACGGUGAUAGUUGGUGUAAAAUGUGCUGCUGUACUUACCUCUGAGGGAACUUUCUAGUAACAAUCAAUGUCACAUCAACCUAAAAAUUAUGCAGGAAUGUGUUGAAUAAGAACAAAAUCUUCUUCAGUGAUAUGUUUAAUGAGAUUUUUUAACCAGAAACCUGUUUUGUGAUUUUAUCUUUGGAUCAGUAUAGUGCUAGAACAUGAAGUCAUGGAUAUAUUUACACUGUGUUUGUGAAAUCUGCUUGUGUGAACUCAUGGAUGCCUUGCCAAAAAAUAAACUUCCGUAAACAUUGCGGAUCACCCGUGCUUAAUCAUACACAAUUUGUUCAUCCAUCAAAUCAGUGUUUUAAAUAUUUCCCCACAUUGUUAAUGGCACCUUAUUAAUUCUCAGGCAGCCUUCCUUUGUUUGAGCUCACCCAGCCUAAAGGACUUGUGUGGGAUAUUUUCUCAGCUCAACUGAACCUAAUGUGAGCUCAGGUAUUGAUGUGUUAUCCAUUGUCCUCUGUUUGUAACCUCAUUUUCAUAUGGGUUUCUUCUCAAGAACAGCUACUCAAAUAAUAGGUAAAAGCUCUACUUCAGCCUUAAUAAAUACAGCAGACAAAAUUUAGCUCAGGAACUAUGACCUUCAAAGUAUUGAUACUCCAUUAUAGCACAUACAUGUACUUGGGUCGCAGCAUUGAACUGAGAUCUUGAAGCAAUUGAAUGUGUCUUUAUUUUCAUAAAGAUGGAAAUUAAAUCUAUAAAUUAAGGUUACAUGAUAUUAGACAACAGGUGUGAAAAGAACAAAAUAAAUAAUAAAAUAAAUAAAUAUACAACAUUUGAUAUAGCGCCCUAAAUAGCUAA